GGAUCCUAGGCAUAUCCACGGGGCAAUAGCCACAUCCCAUAAUGAAGCGUUUAUCAGACUAUGAAACCUAAGUCACGUGGAAAUUGCGGGAAAAACGAAACGGCAAUGAUCUCUCCCCGCACAUUUUUUAACGUUCUGGGAUAGAAAAACUUAUUAUACAUCAAUACUACUUGCAUUUUCAUCAAGGACCCAUGAACCUUAUUGAUUAUCUAUGUUUAAUAGAAUACAUGUGAUUGAGUACUAGUUAUGUAUAUGUCAAUUCGAAUUUCCUCCGUCGUCGUCGCGAAGCAAAUGCUGUGAUCAUGCUAACUUAACGGAUUGUCAUUCUGCGAAGUAGUGAGUGUCGAGUGUAAGAUUUAGCUGAACAGAAUCAUUUUAUAUCUUCUGAAAUACCUCUAAUUAUGUUCUAUAUUAAAAUUUAAUUACUAAUUAACUCGGCACGAUGGAUGUGUUUGACUUGAGCAGCCAGGAGGAGUUUUCUCCAAUGAAACCUCUCACGAAACGACCAAGAAAGUGUUUCAACCAAGCCAGUGACACACUUAAUCAAUCCAGUGACAAGCAAUCCAGUGGCACACUUACAGUUGAAACAUCUAGCAGUUGUGAUGUAAAGUCUGACAAGCCUGAAGUUAAUUUAACAGAAAGGGUUGAUGACAUCAAGAGAACAAGUGUCUCAACAGAGGAUGCUAAUUUUGUAACGGAUAAAACAAAUAUUCAGGGUACCAAUGGUGCAGAGGUGAAUUCUGGGGAUAACUGUGACCGGGACUGCAGGAAACCAGUGUAUAUUUAUGAUCAGGAGUUAGUUCGUCGAUGUGAUGCCAUGCCUAAAAUCAUUAACCGCGCUAGCAUGGUUCACAGCUUGAUUGAAGCGUAUGGGUUAAUCAGUCUGAUGCAGGUUGUGCCUCCUCGCAGAGCUUCAGAUGAGGAAAUGAUGGGGUUCCAUGCAAAGGAUUACAUCGACUUUCUAGCACUACUUAGCAGACAGACAGACGAGGAGAAGUUUGAUGAGGAAAGUGAUCAGUAUGGCCUCACUUACGACUGCCCAAUAAAUCACCACGUCUACGCUUAUGCUGCCCUGACGAGUGGUGCAUCACUAAGGGCGGCGGAAUGUCUGCUGGAGGGGCGGAGUAUAGUGGCCAUCAAUUGGUGCGGAGGCUGGCACCAUGCCAAGAGAGACACGGCCUCUGGAUUUUGUUAUGUGAAUGAUAUCGUCCUGUCCAUCCUGAAGCUGAGAGAGAAGUACGACAGAGUAUUAUACGUAGAUCUAGAUGUUCACCAUGGAGACGGUGUAGAAGAUGCUUUCUGUGCUUCAUCCAAGGUGAUGACCGUCUCUGUACACAAACACUCGCCGGGAUUUUUCCCAGGUUCUGGGGGUUUGAACGAUGGAGGAGUCGGGAAAGGACGCGGCCACACUGUCAACAUUCCACUGCAGGACGGCAUGAGGGACAAAGAGUUCGUUCCCUUGGUGUGUAGAGUGCUACGGAAGGUCCAGGAGGUGUUCAGGCCCCAAGCCGUGGUGUGUCAGUGUGGGGCCGAUGGACUGAGUGGUGACCCUAUGGACUCCUUUAACCUCACCCACACUGCUUACAGCUGUUGUGUACAGUUCAUACUGCAGUGGACACUGCCCACCCUGAUACUGGGAGGAGGUGGUUAUCACAGUGCUAACACAGCCCGAUGUUGGACAUAUCUGACGGCGGUCAUAUGUGGACGGAAACCUCCCACGGACAUCCCUGAUCACAAGUUCUUCAUGGCGUAUGGUCCAGACUACGAACUUCCCAUCUCACCCGGAAACCGGAGGAACACGAACAGCAGAGAGAAUCUACAGAGGAUAUACAACUCCAUUAUAGAAAGUCUCAACAAGCUGACGGUGUCAUGACCCAUGUGCUGGAAGUAGUCCCAUGUGAUCUCAGACGGACGACAAACGGCGGUGAUAAACACUGGUGUUUGUUGUUUUCUACAUGUUGUUUGUAUUUUUGGAAAAUGAUAUCAUCCAUGUAAAUUAUGCCUGCUAUAUUGUCAUGAAUUUUUUUUAUGAAUGGUGAUUUGUAUUUUGGAAUCAUAUCAUUUGUACGAUUGUUUUCUAAUGGAAUAGUGAUUUGUAUUUUGAUUGUUUUUCAUCUUUAAUAAUUAAAUGUUUAACAUGAAAGGUUAUAUGUCCAUUUGUUACAAUAAAUGGGGACAAAGAUUGAA